CGUUUUCAAUCACGUGGUAACACAUAACAUGGAUGAUAGUAAUACGUAUGUUUCUCAAGUAAACAAUUGUUGCAACUAACGUGUCUUGCUGCUACUUGUGGAAUAGUGUUUGCAGAAACAAUGGAGGAACCAGCAGAAGCCAUUCCUGAGGAAACAGAGGAGGAUACACAAGUUGCUGUUAAGAAGGUUAAGCCUCCAAAUAAGAAGAGAUUUGAAGAAGACUUAGAACAGCUCAGCAGCAGAAUACGGGACUUGGAGAAUGAAAUGAAAAAACUGCAACCAAGUCAGAAAGGUGACAUAGCAAGUAAAAGGAGCGAGAAAAUCGAGAUCAUCAACACAUUGAAGACAAUAGAUACGGAGAUCCGAGCUCUCACUGCAGAUGUUACAAAGAGGAGGGCUGCCUUGGAUAGGUUACAGGCAAACCUAGUGUAUAAAAACGAGAAGAAGAUUGACGAUGCUGUCGGGAAACUAGAAUAUCAGUUGAAGAGGACCAACUUUAAGCUGUCAGAGGAGAAGAAAAUUGUAGCAGAAAUAGACAAGCUCCAGCGCUCCAAGAAAGUUCUUGUUCAAUAUGUGGCUCAGAAGAAAGAAAUGGAUGAUGUUCGAGAAAGGCAGAGGCAGUUACGGGAGGAAAGGGAUAGAUUACAGAAGGUUGUAAACCGGAUAAGGAUAGAAGAGGACAGCAUCAGAAGAAGUAACCAUGACAGGAAACUGAAACUGGACCAGGUCAAGAGAGAGCUGGAUGAAAUGCAUGAAAUAAAGCGGAGAAUGGUCCAGGAUUAUAAAGCCUUGGAGAAAGAAUACCAGGACGUCAAACAGGAGGAGAUUAAAGUCAAGAGGCAGGAGGGCUUCAUCAAAAAACAGGAGAGAAGAAACACCAUGGAGUCAUUCCAGCAAGAUCUGGAGGUUUAUGGAACAGCCCGGAAGCCAUUUGAAGAUGAGGUGAACCUGUGUAACACCCUGAUUAACUAUCUGAAGAAGUUUAACACGGCCUCGGAUGAGACAACGGAGGACACUGAGCCCUCCCCCCGGGCGUCUGGCUGGUCCCUCAUCAAAGGAAUUGGGGAAUCACCAGCUGCCAUAUCUAAUGAACUAGAAGAUGGGAAAUAUGUCCUUCUGAAGAAAGAGGAGGAUGAAGAAUUUCCAGAUCGUCGGUUGAGGCGAUGCAAAAGACCGAGCAAGAAAGGCCGUAAACAGUCAGUGAUGAAGUCGUUGACUCACCCACCACAGAUUUUUUCCCAGUUUGCCUCUCUUAACCUGAAUGCCCCGUCAAAUAUAUCUGAAAUUCCAGCAUCUCUAGAACAGCUCGAGGCUAGAAAGAAAUAUUAUGAGGAUGGUGCACAGAUAAAACUGAGAGUAUACACCCCGUCUGUAGAGGAGAAUAGUGAUGGAGGAGUUUCUACCAGUGAUGGUAUAUCAGCAACAGAGAGUGCCAUGUGUGAGAUGUCCCGCCAGGCCAGCCACACGGAGAGCAUGGAGAACGCCAGCGGAACAACCGACCAGUGUCUAGACGAACUGGUCCGGAUGUCUGAGACUCUCAGUGAAAAAUCCGAAUACACAACGGAACGUAGCAGUUCCGAUUCCACAGUAAGGUCGUCUGACUCUGAUCACUCUGGGCAUUCGGUUAGAGAAGUUUCCAGAGAGUUCCGAGAUUCUGAACAUACGGCCGCUGCAAGUUCUCCUCUGGCUGCUGAGUCCUUGGUAGUUGGACAGAGAAGUAUUGAUUCUUUAACGGAUGACUGCUUUCAGCCAAAUGACUCAGUUACAAAACAGACAGUGGACCAUAUAUGUGACAGUAGUAUAGUGCCUCCAGUACAGAUAGAGGGUGGUGGUGACCUGGAAUUGGUGGAGGGUGCCACAUGUGAUAAUGCGGUGAUCGGAGCUGGAGAGAUGAUGUCAGCGUCAUGAUGUUAAUUUCCUGAGAUGGCAGCGGGCUGUCAUUGUCAGCUGACUAGGGUGUUGAUUGUCAGCUGGGUUUCUGACAAAGAAAACACAGUGUGUCAGCUGAGUUAUUAUUUAUAUGAUAAAACUACCAGUGGUCUAACUCUUUGUUGUCAUUUAAAAGAGCCCACAACACUACUUCAUUAUAGACAAACAUAUCACAAUCUAAGAGAAAAACAGUAUCCAUGACUAAUGAAUUUAUUAGCACAAUUAGAUGAUAGAAGCAUUUUUAGCGCAUUUGCUCAUUAUAAUUUUAGAAAAUAUCAAGCAGUUUUAAGCCAGCUCCAUAACUUACAGUGUAAAGAAGUGUGGAAAACAUUGAAAAAAAAGGUUUUACUGUUGUACUGUCUUACAUAUUAUGUGUCAAACACGAGGUUUUAUGUAUGUUGAAAGUGCUUUUUAUAUCAACAAUUUAAUGUAUGGUUUUAAAAGAGUUGUUAAGCAUGAGAGAGCGGUAUGAGGGGAAAGUCUUUUACAAUUUUGAAUUAUUUACUGAGAAUUACAUGACAUACAUGUAUAUAUAAUCAGUGAAGUAAUAUGUGCAUUAUGUAUUCAUUUAAGUUAAAUAUUAUGCAUAUUACGGGACUCAUGAUUUUAUUAUAAUUAGAGAAAUCUGUGUGUUUUGGAUUUAGUUAUGUCAGUUUAACUGAAAUUCUGUGUAAGACUUGUGGCAUUGACAUUAUAUCAUAAAACAAAAAAAAAUUCAGAGUGGUACAGAGUGGACCUGUGCAUUAUUAUGUUUUCCUUUGUUGUUAGACAAUUCUAAUCAACAAUUAUCAUUUUUGUGGUGUAGUCAUAGAUUGUAUGGUGAAUGCGUGUCACUCUUUUAUGUUGUAGAGUAUAAUAAUUAGUUAAGACAUAGCACCCAAUAUGAUGAAACCCCUAUAUCAUUAACAUUUGUUUUGAGACAUGUUUUGUUUGAUGUAAAUUUCCUAUUUUAUUUAUUGUAGAUUAAGUUUAGUACAUGUAGAUGUGAAUUAAUUGUCCCAGUUUAUUUAUUUUCAGAUGUUUCUUACAUGUACAUGAUCAUCUUAGAGUUUAUUUUGUUAGAUAUUUAAUAUUGCUGGUAUUGGUUAAAUUUUUAACUGUGUUACUUUUUACUGUGUUUCAAUAUGCUCACAAAUACAAGGAAAAAUGAAUUUCUAAUAGAUUGUUAGCAGUUCACCAUCAUCAAAUACUUGUAGUUAUCUUUCUUUUUUGAACACAGUUCAGGGAUCCUGCAGUUACAAUCAUAUCUUUGUUAUUCAGGGUCUGUUCAUGUGUGCAUUUUUAAAAAUUUCUAAACCAUAUCUUUGAAAUCAUUCUGUACCAAAUAUCUAUAAAACCAUGACUGCUCCAAGUUUGAGGUUUUAGGUGAUUAGUGCUUGAAUGCAUGAUUACAUUUCAUACCUCAGACUUGAAAGACAUCACUUUUGGUUGGAACUGUUUGAAGUAUGAGCCAGAAAUCUAUUUGAAAUAAUAUAAAUGUUCUUGUCUUUGUUUGUUAGAGUACUGUAUUCUGUAAGCUUAUGCAUCAAUACACAUGGUGUCAAAACGCAGUGUUUUGAAUUGGAUUCCAGUUCUGUAGCAAAAGAGGAGAAAUAAAUCGCAAAAUUUUUACAUAUUUCAGACAAAUGUACACGGUACUGUGCAGUCUCUGAAUUCAGGCAUAAGUGAACCUGCAUGGCACAGGAAAUCAGUCAGUGUAAAGUCUUGAAAACUCAAUCUGUAUUGUAGAUGUAAAAACUUACUAAGUUAGUCCCAAAUUAAUAUUUCCUUUUGUUUGUCUUGUUUUAUUUUUUUCUAUACUGUAUUUGGGAUUUCUAUUUUUUCCUAAUUCAUAGUUAAAAGGUUUAAAAUAUGUCAGAAGCAGUGUUGUUGCUGUGAUAUGCAUUUUGAAAAAAAAAUAGUGCUCUUUGACUGAGGAUCAUGGGAAAAAGCAGAAAUCAAAGAAAAAAAAUAUUUAAAGGGGGGGGGGGAGGGGGUGUUAAACACAGUAAAAAUCUCUCAUCCAAGAAAUCUUGCUUUAAAGUGUCUAGUUAUUCUUUAAAAGAUUUGUUGUAGUGGAAAAGCCUUUGUUCUUUCCAUCAUAUGUAUUCAGAAUGUGUUUUUUUUAACUGGGAGAGUAUUGAAAAGUUUAUUUAAUAUGCAGAUUUUUAUGCAUACAUUUACUUAAUAUUCAUAGCUUAAUUAACAUGUAUUUAUUCCUCACUACUCAGUUUUAUCAGACCGUGAUUCUAUAUGGCUGUUGAGUGAAGCCAGUAUGUUGUUCAUUAUAAUUAUGAUAUUUUGCUUGAUAUAGUUUGAAUGUUGAUACAUUUUGUACUAAAUUGUGAGAAGAAUUUGAC